GCAGGCAACGUCUGCGUUUGGGAGUGGAUCUGCACUUGGCCAACCGGCACAAAGUGCCUCUGCGUUCGGCCAGCCUGCUCAGAGCACAUCUGCAUUUGGACAGCCCGCUCAGAGCAUAUCUGCGUUCGGACAACCAGCGCGGAGUGCCUCUGCGUUCGGCCAGCCUGCCCAGAGCACAUUUGCAUUUGGACAGCCUGCUCAGAGCAUAUCUGCGUUCGGACAACCAGCGCGGAGUGCAUCGGCUUUCGACCACCCACAGACCACGUCCGCGUUCGGUCAACCUUUCCAAACUACGACCGCAUUCGGCCAACCUGCCCAAACUACGUCCGCAUCUGGCCAGCCAGCACAGCCAUCGUCAAUACCAUUCGGACAAGCAUCAACCACCACAACAUUCGCGUUCGGCCUAACAGCAUUCGCUCAAUCCUCUCUCAUCAAGCCAGCAACACGGUCCUUCAGCUCAGGCGCCUUCUCUGCGUUCACACGAAUUCUCAGCCUGUGUCAACUGCGGGUAGCAAAGCGGAAGCAAGCGGCGGGGGAGCGUUUUCGUCGUUCACAAAAUAGCCAUCUCCAUUUGGUCUCGCAGCUGCAUGCAUUGUGCCCGUCACAAGUGGGGGGUGCGACGUUCGUACAGACGUCACCGCCCGGGACGUCUUCUGCCUUCGGGACCAGCACGACGGCUACGCCUGGGCUCGACGUAACGUCGCCCUUCGUGGCACUCGCGCCCCGUCCUUCACCCUUGUUCGGCGCACCUGCUGCGGGGACCUCUGCCUUCAGCGCACCACAACCUGCUACGCCAGCAUUCGGGGUGCAGCCCGCAUCGACUUUCGGCGCGCCAGCAGGCAGCACGAGCGUGUUCGGCACGCCGGCCCCCGCCCAGUCUGCACUCGCCGCUUCGCAGAUACCGUGACUUUGAAGCGGUGGUACCAGUGGUAU